AUGAAUCUCGUUGGUGAGGCGAGGAUGCAAACUGCCUUGAUGCUGGCUCGCUUAUUCCCAAUGGCAGCGGGAACUUCCGGCUUUCUUCUUUCUACAUUGGCAAUCAGGGCUGGCACAGAGGAAACUGUUGUAGAGCUUGAUGAAGCUAUCGACAGAGGCCGUGAAGAAGAGUUUGACCGUGAGACAUUUAAUGAAGUAUGCGGUUUCACAAAAUAG